GGGCCGCGGCUCCGAGACCGAGCCGGGCCGGAGCUGCCUGCGCCCGCUCCGGACGAGCGGGGCAGGGACGCCCGGUGCCUCCGGAGCCGCGGGGCCCCCGGCGGGCCCGGCGCGCGUCCCCCGAGCUCCUGCCCGCGGCCCGGCGCUGCCCGCCGGGCUGUGCCCCCCAAGCGCCGUCCCGGGGCCGCAGGUGCCGGUGUUCGCUGUGCGGGGCCCGACCCGCUGCAGCGGCGGUAGAUGGGUCUGGCGUCAGCUGCUGGUGCAUGAUAUUGGUUAUAUUUUGAAAAUUGCUCAUAUAUUAAGACUCGCUUCCUCUUAAAUCACGUCUGUGGUAUAUAAUAACUGUCGUAUUCGAUAUUUUUACGUUUGCUGCUAACCUGGGUUAGCCGUGCACGUCUGUCUCACACGGCACUGCAAACCAGGAAAACGCUGGGGCAGCAUUACCCAACUGGUUAUAUUCCUUCUUUUUUUUUUUUUUUCCCCCUUUGGAUUUUGGGAGGUAAGAGGAUAAAAUCUUUGCUGCAAGGUUUUUCUUGGAGUCUGUAUUAAACCUUUAUGGAAGGGAUAAAAAGAUGAAUUCCUUCAAUCACCUGAGGGUUUUUACUGUUUGCAUUUACAAGGUACAUGGACUCCUCAGUGCUCCCGGAACACCCUUCAGCUGGGCCCUUGGCCUGGCAGCCCUGACUAACACAGAUGUGCAUUGCAGAAUCCCAGCUCAUGAAACGAGGCCAGCCUGGCUGGAAGGCAAAUGGCUGCUUUUGCAAGAGCAACUAGGAGUCCACGAGGAAAAUUUUCUUGACCUUGUUUGGGCAGUCCUUGAAGAUGGCAAGCAAAGGACCCACAGCUUCUGCAUCAACAAAGAGCUCCAGUACUGGAGGGACCAGUGGCAGCAGUAGCAGUAAUGGUUCUGGGGACAACACUAAUCAGGACAACACUUUUGAAUGCAACAUCUGUUUAGACACUGCCAAGGAUGCAGUUAUCAGCUUGUGUGGGCACCUCUUCUGUUGGCCUUGUUUACACCAGUGGCUAGAGACCAGGCCAAACAGACAAGUGUGUCCUGUAUGCAAAGCAGGAAUCAGUCGAGAUAAAGUUAUUCCUCUGUAUGGAAGAGGUAGCACUGGGCAACAGGAUCCCAGAGAGAAAACUCCACCACGACCCCAAGGACAGAGACCUGAGCCAGAGAACAGAGGGGGAUUCCAGGGCUUUGGGUUUGGCGAUGGUGGCUUCCAGAUGUCGUUUGGAAUUGGAGCGUUUCCCUUUGGUAUAUUUGCAACAGCCUUCAACAUAAACGACGGGCGACCUCCUCCAGCUGUUCCAGGGACUCCUCAAUAUGUGGAUGAGCAGUUCCUUUCCCGCCUCUUCCUGUUUGUGGCACUGGUGAUAAUGUUCUGGCUGUUGAUUGCAUAAGUCUUUUCCAUUAUUCUAUAUAUUCAUGACCAACAAGGCCACUGAAACAGUUACAAACUGCAUCCCCAUCCCAUUUUAAACCUCUUGGUGUCUGGUUCCAUAGCUAACUAUGGGCUUCAGGAGUUGGUGGUACCACAGCACAAUGAGGAAUCUCACAUUUUGCACCAGAGUUGGUAAUUAAAAUAUUGGUUUAAAAGUGUAUUUCAGCUCAGAUAUCUUGUACAACAGGUUCCUGCCACAAACCAUGGGCCUGGCGUUGAGCUGCACUCUGAAAGGGAGUGCUGCUUUGAAAUCCUGUGCCAAUUAGUGACACCAGGUCUGUGGGAUACACAGUUAUCCCAACAGACUGGGCAGGUAAGGAAACUUCUCCAACGUGACCAGUAUCUCCUGCUUUGCGACCACAAUGGAUCUACCAGAGCUGCAGAUGUUAUUUAAUGUCUCCAUCAACAUCCAGCCUUCUCCAGGAAAUCAUCUGCAGCGCUGCUGGGACUCUCUGGGGCACAGCACGUGAUGCAGACGGAGCCAGGGCUGGAGACUGGUUCCGGUUUCUUUUCCGUCUGUUAUUUCCCGGUGUGAUGGAAAACCCUUCCUGAUGGUCCUGAUGGCUGUUAGAAGAAGGGAUACGAAUUAAUGCUGCAUUUUUAAAAGCCUGAGCAUGCUGGAGCCAGGCACUGGAAGAUUCCCUGGCAGUGGAGCCAGCGGGGCUGCUGGCCGCAGCCCGGUUUCUCACUGACAAACAGUGUUGUCUUCCCCAGCUCCGUGCAGCACCUGUGGCUGCACUCACGGAUAAUCCCCUCACAACCUCGUCACUGUAGCGACAUUUAUCUUUCUCAAAGCUUUGAGACUUUCUACACGAGGUCUUGUACUCCAGAUAAAAUCCUGUUACAGAUCUGAGAUCAGCUUGUUUGGGGAGAGGAACAAAAGGCAUCUUUACGUGAGUUUUGAGGUAAAACUUGUCAUACUGUAAAGUUACACAGGAGGAAACCUGAGAUCCUGCCUUUGCCAGCACAUGCUCAGUAGGGAACAUUUGGAAGACCUUCUCCCGUGCCACAGCAGAACAGCUACAGCGCCAGUCUCUGCAGCUAAAAUCUACCAAAGAUUUUAAUUUGAAGUGCUGGAGGAGACCACAACCAUUAAUGUGCUGAGGGGAUAUUUCAGAAGGUGAGCAAUUUGCAGCCGCUUUGGAAUCCUGUUGGGUAUUCAGCUUUAAAGAGUACUCCUGAUGUAUUUAUGUAGAUUCCUUCGAAACAGGUAUGAGAGAUUCCCUAGCAAGAUGAACAGUUCAUAUUUCUCUGACUAGGCAAUUCCAUUUGUUUUUCCUCUUACUGUUUUUAGAUAUUUUUGAUUCCGGUCGCUCAUAGUCAUGAUGAUUUCCUGGAAGAUGAAUGUUGUGACUUCCCUGACAGUAGACAGAAAAACUGAAAAGUAAAGCAAUUAAUAGAAACUUUGUUUCAAUAGCUUGGGAUUUUUUAGCAUAUGGCAGACUUUCCUGGGCAGGACACCUUUAAUUAAUUGUUAUAGAAGUUUAUUUAUGUAAUUAUAAACUGUUUCUUUUAGUGUCAAGAGAGAGUAUGACUGAAGUUAAACUUGCCUACCUCCAAAAUUCCAUCUGGCAAGUAGAAUGUUGCAAAGCUUCUGCAGUGUUUUGUCACGUCAGAUUUAUACCUGACUCAAUGAUAAUCUGAAAGAAUAUAUUGCUCAACUGUUUAUAGUUGAGGUGGUGCUUCAGCUUUUGUUCUGCGACUCUUCUGGGUAGCUGAACUUUGGCAUAGGGUUCUUCUCAAGUGUGUAACUUGGUAACUGGGGCCCUUCCCAGGAGGACAGGCUGUUUUGUUUGGUUGUCCUACAAUGUCGCAGCUUUGGGUUCCUCUCCUGCGCAGUCAGCACCACCUGCUGAUGGGAGAAGGUUCAUGUGGCAGUAAGGGAUGGAUGCCUUCCCCUUUUGUAAGAGAAACUCGAUGCUGAGAGGUUAUGCAGGGAGGAGAAACGUAGCCCUUUGAAGCCUUUAUCCCAUAAAGAGGAUGGAGAAGUGACUGCAAUAGAUUCAAGAAGUACUGAAAUAUAUUUAAUGAAUACAUUUUAAAAACUAGAAUUUGAAUGGAUCGGGGGUAGGGAUUUCCAUCUAGGAGUGAGAGAGAUAAUGGAUUUAGAGAAGGCUGCAAAAGCAUGACUGACAGCUCUUAUUUUCCGGCAGUUCAAGGAUGAAAUAGUCUGAAAGUGUUAACGCUUGGUUCCCCCUUUCCCUGGUGUGCUUUUGUAUGUACCCCUUCCCGUAACCCGACCGCAAACGGCUCGGUUAGUGCGUUACCGUUCCUCCUCACUAAUUUUCACUGUUGUGAAAGUGAUUUAGAAUUAAAAAAUGGUUUUACAUUGA